UCAAACCGGCAAGACAAAAAACCCACCAAGAUGAUCUAAAAAACCAUACAAUAGUUAUACACCAGAAUAGCAUGGCCAUGCCUUAUAUGGUUCGUUUUACCUUAUGUGACCCUUUCCCCCAUUUGAACACCCCCUCCUCAACGUUUUCUACACAGACAUUAUUGCGAUCUCCAAAUGCAGAAGACCCCGAGUAGACCACCAACAAUCCAACAGCCGUGACCAUGCCACCACAGCGCCGCCGAAACUAGCAAGUCAAACGGGGGUAAAGUAUCUGAUUUCAAGCCCGUGCUCUGGGGUGCAUGGUUGGAGGAAAAGUUUCCUUGGAGGCAGAGUGAACUGACUGGCUUUGCAGAGACUAAGAUCGACCAUGCUGCUGGUUACACGAUUGUCUUUCAGUUCAUUUUUACGUGGGUGAACAAGUAUAGCACCUCCCAGUUUCUUUGGUCAUAGAUCUGGUCUCAUCUUGUAGGCUGCACUCAUUGUAUACGUACGACAUGCAUUUUGGGUUUAGCGCGGUCCUAUAGCUGAGGAGGCUCCCUAUCUGGCUUGUCCACAGGGCCCCCUCCUUCUCACCACAUCCACCAUCUCUCUUCUUUACUUCGGGCCGCAGGAUAGUGCUGAAACAUGCCGAGACACUUGCAGGGCAGCUCGUGUCUGUCGCAGGUCCGCGAGGCUGGUUCUGGUUUGUAGCCUAGCUGGAUCUACUUUGUGGUGUGGACUCCCCCACCAUAUCUGAAUAUAACUAUUGCAAAGGAGGAAAACAAGUUAAAGAAUAACAAUAACUGCUCAAUAACGAGGUGAAGAAUACAGGAGAUCUAUACACCAAUAUUGGAAUCGAUGUUCGAUCAAGCUACGACUAUGGGCGAUGGGAUCGCUGAGGACCGCAACCACCACCUCCACCAUCUCCACCGUGGAUCCAACUCUCUGUACCGUGACCGGAUGGACAAAUGCCAUACCGAACUUGGGAGCAGGUCACCGGUGCAGAGUACAACCGAUACGGCGGGUACAUCGGCGUCUACCCCCACCUCCUCCAGUGAAGACGGACAUGAUAAACUGGACCCAGUGGACCCAGACUACUGCCAGAGGAUUUUAGUUCGAGAUGCUAAGGGUACCAUCCGGGAGAUCGUGUUGCCAAAGGGUCUCGACCUCGACAGGCCAAAACGCACGCGGACCUCCUUCACUGCAGAGCAGCUCUACCGGCUCGAGCUCGAGUUCCAGCGCUGCCAGUAUGUAGUCGGCCGAGAGCGCACUGAGCUGGCGAGGCAGCUGAACCUGUCUGAGACACAGGUUAAAGUGUGGUUCCAGAACCGUCGCACCAAGCAGAAGAAGGACACGACCAAGGACACUGACAAGCGCUCCUCCUCCACCUCGGAGUCACUGGCCACCUGUAACAUUUUGCGUCUCCUCGAACAGGGCCGCCUCCUCUCCGCCCCGCCCCCCAAUCCCCCAUUGGGCCACCACCCAGGAAAUGGCUCCCUAUUGGUCAGCUCCGGAGGGGGCUCCUCCUCGCCAGGGGUGAGUAGAAGCACGCCACCAGGAAAUGGCGUUCUUGGCAUGGGUGGAACUUUCGGGCUGUCACUGCCCUCCCUGGGAGGGACUUCCCCUUCGCCACGUCUGGGCAUGCCGCCGCCGCACUCACUCUGCUUCUCAAUGCCGCUGCUAGGGGGCGCUCAUCAUGAACUGGCGUCUGGGUACGGGUGCGGGUCCUCGGCGUUCGAGCCAUACAUGCGGCUGGACAGGAUCUCCAAGGAUGGAGAUCUAAGUGGGAAGAAGAGAGUUUCCUAAAAAGCGGCCAUUAAGGGGUUGGGAUGACUCCCCCCCCCCCCGCCUCUGGUCUCCCACCUAUCCACCCACCAACAUUGCUGUCCAUCAUUGGUUGGCUCAUCAUCAUUGUUCAGCUACUGCCUGCCACGGGGGGGUGGGGUGUUACGGAACAGGACCACGUGGUGUGACAGACAGGGGUGAUGAUGAUGCCCGUCACACACAAAAACUUUGCUUGUGAAUUAUUUGGGAGAAAUGAAAUGUGUGUGUGAUUCACACGGAGAACAGAUCUUUUUUUCUUAACGCUUCUCCUCCUUAGUUCACUUUGUCCAGUCAGUGCGUUUGUGUGAUCGUUCUCUUCUUUCUUUCUUUCUUUCUUUUCUUUCUUUCUUUCUUUCUUUCUUUCUUUCUUUCUUUCUUUCUUUCUUUCUUUCUUUCUUUCUUUCUUUCUUUCUUUCUUUCUUUCUUUCUGUUCCAUAAUGUUUUUUAAAAGCCUGACAUUGUAGAAAAGGCCCUGACUGAGUCAGUGUAAGUGAAUAAGCGUGAUGUCGUCUAUAGAUGACAUUACAAUACAAAGGAGUGCAACCAGUUACCCCUUUAACAUAUUACAUACAUUCCAGCAAAAUGACCAGGUUUCCCAUCAUGUGGCAGUUUUCUGCCAGAGCGUUCCAAGUAAAAUAAUCAUACGCGUUAGCAGUUUCUAAUGUUAAUUUGCACAGUAUGGUGUCCAACACUGAUUCCUGUAAAUUCUGUAUUUGGUUGGUUGUGUGUGUAUUUAAAAAAAUGUGGACAAGUAAUGUGUGAACUAAAGCUAGUCCUAGGUCAAAUCCAUGCUAUGAAGAAGAAAAAGCGGUUGAGAAAAGGUACUGGGGGUUACAGUAUGUCCUUGCCAAAGUAACGGGUUAGCGACAGCGCCGUUAGCUUGGCCUCUGCUCUGCGCUACAUCCUCACGUCGUCGUGUCGUCCAAUCAACUGGAGUAAAUCUAGGUCAACCUGAGGAGUUUGACCUCUGACCUCUAACCCCCUGACCUUUUAUCCUCUCCCAUGAGAUUAACUCUUGAUGUGUAAUUCACGGGUGACAGUAUCACUCCGUAUGCUUUACCAUUGGCUACAGAGACUACUCUCUGGUUAAAAGCCACCCACCCGCAGGUUGCCACAACGACCCCCCGGUUUAGAUCAUCUUUGAAUGUUUGCAAACAAAAAGGGCUCAUCAUCGUUGGGGGGCGGGGUGGGGGGUGAAUUUGUUUAACUGUACAUAAAAAGCGACCCAUCUGUCCCGUACAUAUCCCACCACAGCCCCCUUUGCUUGGUCUGGCCAAACACUCCUUAUCCCAAAUCUUGUGUUUGAAUGUUGUUCACGUAGGUUUGGUACACACACACACACACACACACACACACACACACACACACACACACACACACACACACACACACACACACACACACAGAAUUUCUAACCGGUUCAUAUCAAUCCUUCUCCUUAUCUCAUGGAAGUCUGUGUGUGAUGUUCUGAUGGGUCAACAGAUACUGUAGGGUGCAGUAGGCAUCUCUUUUCAACUGGUUUCUUCUCUCAAGUCAUAAUAAGCUUUUUUUUAAUGUAUAUGUUUUCUCAGAUUGGUACUUUCAAUGGCUUCUUUUUUACCUUUACCUUUUUAUUAUUUAACAAUUAUAUUUGGCUAUUCCUUCCUAGACCCUCUCCCGCGCUCCAGACUCGCCCAUUUACUUUGAUCUAAAGCACUUUAUGUUCCUUGAAGAUUUUUAUAUGAUCUCCCAUCUCCCUCUUUUUUUAAUAUAGUUUGUUGUCAUGUGGUAGACCGUGAAAGUUAUUUGAGAUCUUGAGGUAUCAGAUAUUCACAGGUUGUAUCGCCUGUAGGUACCGUUCUAAACACAGUGUAUGCAGACUAUCUGUUAAGAAGACAGGUUAAGGGUCAGUCAGAGAUUCUGUACCUGUAGGUACCGUUCUAAACACAGCGUAUGCAGACUAUCUGUUAAGAAGACAGGUUAAGGGUCAGUCAGAGAUUCUGGUUUCAGUUCAGACACGUUUCAAAUUAUUUUCUCAAAGAGACUCGAAGCUCCAAGCCCUGGUCACUGUAAUUCGACCUCAGUUUGUCAAUGUUAACUAGAGUUAUCUCCCCUGGGUCUUUUGACAACUUUCUAUUUCUCACCUCUAGCUUGGUGGUUUUCCUAUUCAUCGGGGCAUGGACUCUACAAGGUGUUUAAAGCGUUCCACAGGAAUUCUGGCCCAUGUUGACUCCAAUGCUUCCCACAGUUGUGUUAAGUUGGCUGGAUGUCCUUUGGGUGGUGGGUCAUUCUUGAUACACAUGGGAAACUGUUGAGCGUGAAAAACCCAGCAGCACUGCAGUUCUUGACACAAACCGGUGCACCUGGCACCUACUACUAUACCCCGCACAAAGGGCAGUCAUAUGUUUUGUCUUGGCCAUUCACCCUCUGAAUGGCACACAUACACAAUCCAUGUCUCAAUUGUCUCAAGGCUUAAAAAUCCUUCUUUAGCUUGUCACCUCCCCUUCAUCUACACUGAUUGAAGUGGAUUUAACAAGUGACAUUAAUAAGGGUUUAUAGCUUUCACCUGGAUUCAACAGGUCAGUAUAUGUCAUGGAAAGAGCAGGUGUUCUUAAUGUUUUGUACACUCAGUGUAUAUGGAUCACAUUUUGAGCCCCCUAUUUCUUGUUCUCGUGAAGGUCCUGGUUUGCUACGUGAUAACAUCAAUAAAAAAUUGCCAACCUUAUCGCCAACCUUCACAAAAAGGUUGGUCAUCUACCUAAAUUGAUCCAAAGCCUGAAAAAAUCCCCUUCUGUGAAAAAAGUGUUUGGGAAAAAGAUUCUGAUAGUAAAACAGCAGAUUUGCUCUACUAUGGUGUCUCUCUGACCUUCUGACCUUUCUCUGCCAGUCUCACCUUCACGUUGUCGUAGUGAAGCGCCGCUGUGGGUCUUGUAGUCAUGGAAACCUCUCUGUUUGUGUGUUGUUGCUGUGGUUCUACCUGGGCUGUUGUUGAACAUCAUGUUAUUUUCAAUAAGCAGCAUCCAUAAUUCAUACCAUCCUCCACCAAAUAUUGAAGGGAGAGGCAGACCAGAGAGGCAGGGAGGUAGGGAGAUAGACAGGGAGGGAGGCAGAGAGGCAGGGAUGUAGGGAGAUAGGUAGGGAGAGAGGCACUGAGGGAGGGAGAUAGACAGGCAGCCAGAAAAGCAGGUAGGCAGGAAGCAACUUAGCUAGCUUCCCACUUCUACUUCACUUCCUUUUUUGUCUUAUUUCAUCUUUCUUUUUUUUUGGUCCAGAACUCUUUGCUUCUCCCCUGCCGCUUUGUCAAAGGCAUUCUCUCCUCACACUGUAUUUAUUUUAAAAAAAAAUAUUUUAACGGUAUUCCUAGAAAACAAUUAUUUCCUCCUGUAAAGUCAAAGUGGUAUUUUUUUUUGUCAGUUCUCAGUAUCUCUGUCAAACUCAGAUAUUCACCCAGCUUCAAUCCCUUCAAGACUUCCCCAGUAAACAACUAAACGAGUAGAGAAGUAACGGUCGCAUGAUCCCUCGCUCGCUCGUCUGACCAUCUCUUUCAAUAACAACUCCUUUUCCCGCAGCUGUACAGUCCUGUGUUUGUGUUGUAUGUUCAGCCGAUGCUGUUCUUGUGCACGUUGUUGGAACCACACGGAAAAGCAGCGCUAAAAAUCUAUUACGUGUGUUUCGUUUAAGGAGAGGCCGUUCUCAUGUUCCAAAAAUAACAUUCAAAAGGCACCACAGAAGGAAAUCUAACCUUUGCCCUUCCUGGGUAGAAGAUGAUAGUGCUUUCCUAGCAAAUAGCUCAGCAUCAAACAGUUUCUCUCUUUAUUUCUCUGCUCUCGCUGACUUUUGUUACGCGUUAUCUCCUGACACUGUGCAACACUGAAAAUUCACCUUCAUAUACGAACAAACCCAUGUCAGAGAGAUGUGACCGGGGUUACAACAUACCAGGGUUGGGGUCAAUACCAUUUCAAUUCUGAUUCUCUUCAAUGCUUUUUAAUAAGGAACAUUUGGUAUUGGAAUUGGAAUCUGGUUUACUUUAUGAAUUGAAUGGAACUGAAAUUGAAUUGACCCCAAACCUGGAGAACACUGUUUCCUCUCCUCCUUCAGGCUCCCCAGGGCCCAUAUUCCCAAAGUAUCUGACACACUUUGUAAAUAUGGGCCCGGUUCGUCUCUCUCUCUCUCUCUCUCUCUCCAUGUACGUGGUGCUACUGUAUCAUGAUUUUUAUGGUUUUAUGCGAUUGUGUGGCAAUGUUUGUUUAUUUAAAAAAAUAAGAAAAUAAAGUACAGAGGGAUUGUUUUGUUCUUAUGCACAGGUCGGGUUAUGUGAGGGUACAGUAUAUAAGGCCAUACAGUACAUUAUUUCCUUUUGGCAGUAAAGUUAAAGCCUAAUUCCCAGUCUGUAUGUGCUUAGCCAACUAUAAUUUGUCAUGCUGUUGGAUAAAAGUACAAACUGAUCUGUGAUCAGGCUAAGUAAAAGUUGUCUUUGACCAUGUCAAGUUAAUCGGCACCGUUCUACUACUCACAGUGAAGAACAAACUACAAUGUAAAUAUAUGGGUAUUAGCACAAGUAUCUCCAUCUCAGUACCAUGUGAUGUUUACAACAACAAGAAACAACAACAACAAGAAACAACAACAACAAGAAACAACAACAAAAAAAGACGGAAAAAAUAAAAACGUGAUAUAUGCUUUACAAUUCUUUGUCUCAUUAACAAAUUGCACUUAUUUAAAGAGAUUUUCUUUGUGUUCUGGUUUGAAAAAGUGAUUUUCAGGCUCUCUGGCUUGAAAGGACAAAAUAUUGUAUAAUAUGUAUUUUUAUGCAUAUAAAUAUAUGUCUAUGUAA